GUGAAAUCAAAAACAAACUCAACUGCAAACUCUUUAUAUUAGCAGCAUGACCACCAAUCCAGCAGAUAACACGUCCCUUUCCAAGUUAGCAUUGAAAGGGUCCUCCAAGAUAGUGGCAGAUUACUUUGAGUUUGCCAUUAAUAACAUUUUAUUUCAAAGAGGAAUAUAUCCAGCAGAAGAUUUUAUAACUGUGAAGAAAUAUGAUUUACCAUUAUUAGUGACGGCUGAUGAGGAGGUUAAAGAUUACAUUCGUAAUAUAAUGACACAAGUGAAGAAGUGGAUAUAUGGUGGAAAAAUAAUCAAGUUGGUGGUUGUGAUAAUAAACAAAUCCACCACUGAUAUAGUGGAAAGAUGGGAAUUUGCUAUUGAAAUCUUUAAAAAUGAUGGACAAUCAAGCGAUACCACUGAUAGUAAACCCAAAGAGUUGAUUCAAAAAGAAAUUCAAUCAAUUAUAAGACAAAUCACCGCAUCCGUGUCAUAUUUACCAUUUUUAAAGGACGAUGAUUAUACUUUUAAUGUUCUUGUGUAUACUGAUCCAAAGUAUGAUACAAGAAAUUUACCAAAUGAAUGGGCUGAUACUAAUGGAGAUGCCAAAUUAGUCGAAGGAGAAAACGUUGAAAAUGUCAAAUUUACUUCAUUUAGUACAAAUAUUCAUCAAGUUGGUACGUUAGUCAGUUAUAAAUUAUCUGAAUAA